AAUAAUUGAAAUAAAGUAAAACAACAACGACAAUAGUAAUUGGAAUGAAGAGGACAGGGAGAGAAAAGAAUGAAACCCACGGGGAAACCCCCAAGGGAUGCCCAACACAGUUACUCACCCCCGCUGAGUGAUGCCCAGCCCGUUCCCGAGCAGCGGUCGGUGGCUCCCGGGCAGCUCCCCCCAGUUUAGGUACCGAGCAUGACGUUCUGUGGGAUGGAAUAGCCCUUCGGCCAGUUCAGGUCAGCUGCGCUGGCUGUGUCCUCCCCUUGUGGCCCUGCUCGCUGGCAGCACACGCGGGAUCGGGAGGGCUCAGAGCAAGCGGCUGCUACCGGCCACGGGGCGACAGCGCGCGGCCGGCGGUGCCUCGCACCGAGCCCCACGCGCGGCACGGCACCAGCUGCCGGGAGCACCGGCCGCGUCAGGAGCCGGGCGGUGCGCGCCGGGGUCUGCCCGUGCCGCCUGCCCACGCGAGUCGAGUGUGCGUGCGCGUCCGCCCGUGCAGCGCGUCCCCCCGCCCAGCUGCCCGCACGGCCCGCGGCCCUCGGCAGCACCCCGCUGCCCGCGCGGCUCCGUACCCGCGCACGCGUGGUCGUGUGACUGCCCGCAGCGCUGUGUGGCCUCCGCCCGGCAGGGGGCGCCGCGCGCCGCCUCCCCCUGGCCGGGCCGCCGCGGCGGCUGCUCCUGGCCUCUCGGUAGUGAGCGCUCCGCGGACCGGGACCGCCGGCGGCGGCGGGGAGCCGCGGGGCAGCGCGGGAGGAGAGGCCGCUCGGGAGGCGGCGCGGCGCCUGGGGCAGCGCUGCGGGCGGCAGCGAGUGGGCGGUGCCGCGGGCGGGGCGCUGGCAGGAUCCGGGGCGGGGCUCGCUGGUCGCCUCAGCGCCGGUGCUGGCCGCUCUCGUCCGGUCCCGCCGUUGCCGCUGCUGCCGCCGCCAUGCGCAGCCGGAGCAACUCGGGUGUGCGGCUGGACGGCUACGCGCGCCUGGUGCAGCAGACGAUCCUCCGGCACCAGGACGCGGUGACUGGCCUGCUCCCGGCCAGCGCUGAUCACCGGGACGCCUGGGUCCGGGAUAACGUGUACAGCAUCCUGGCUGUCUGGGGGCUGGGCCUGGCCUACCGCAAGAAUGCCGACCGCGACGAGGACAAGGCCAAAGCCUACGAACUGGAGCAGGUAGCGGGGAGCCGAGUGUGGUGAAGCUGAUGCGGGGGCUGCUUCAGUGCAUGAUGAGACAGGUAGACAAGGUGGAGGCAUUCAAGUACAACCAGAGCACCAAGGACUGCCUGCAUGCCAAGUACAACACCCGCACCUGUGCCACCGUGGUGGGGGACCAUGAGUGGGGUCACCUACAGAUGGAUGCCACCUCACUCUACCUGCUUAUGCUGGCACAGAUGACGGCCUCAGGCCUCCACAUAAUUCACAGCCUGGAUGAAGUCAACUUUAUCCAGAACCUCGUGUUCUACAUUGAAGCAGCCUACAAAACUGCGGACUUCGGGAUAUGGGAGCGCGGGGACAAGACGAACCAGGGUAUCACAGAGUUGAAUGCUAGCUCUGUCGGCAUGGCCAAGGCUGCCCUGGAGGCACUGGAUGAGCUGGAUCUCUUUGGAGCAAAGGGAGGCCCGCAGUCAGUGAUACGGGUGCUGUCAGAUGAGGUGCAGCACUGCCAGUCCAUCCUCCACUCGAUGCUGCCCAGAGCCUCCACAUCCAAGGAGGUGGAUGCCAGUGUGCUCUCUGUCAUCUCCUACCCGGCGUUUGCUGUGGAGGAUGGUGAGCUGGUGGAAAUCACCAAGCAAGAGAUCAUCACGAAGCUGCAGGGGCGCUAUGGCUGCUGCCGCUUUCUCCGGGAUGGAUACAGGACCCCCAAAGAGGACCCCAACCGCCUCUACUAUGAACCUGCUGAGCUGAAGCUGUUUGAGAACAUCGAGUGUGAGUGGCCUCUCUUCUGGGCAUAUUUGAUCAUUGAUGGAAUUUUCAGUGGAAACAUGGAGCAGGCGCAGGAGUACCGGGAAGCCCUUGAGGGGGUUCUCAUCAAGGGGAAGAAUGGGGUGUGCCUGAUGCCAGAGCUGUACAGCGUCCCGCCAGAUAAAGUAGAUGAGGAGUACAGGAACCCCCACACUGUGGACAGGAUACCUAUGGGCAAGCUUCCGCUCAUGUGGGGGCAGUCCCUCUACAUCCUGGGCUGCCUGAUGGCUGAGGGGUUUCUAGCUCCUGGUGAAAUAGAUCCCCUCAACCGCCGGUUUGCAACCGUCCCCAAGCCUGAUGUGGUGGUCCAAGUGUGCAUCCUCGCAGAGACAGAGGACAUCAAGGCUGUCCUGAGGAAGGAAGACAUUGACGUGGAGACCGUGGCGGACGUCUACCCCAUCAGAGUGCAGCCUGCUCGCAUCCUUAGCCACAUCUACGCCCGGCUGGGUUGUAACAAGCAGAUGUGCCUGACUGGACGGCCCUACCGGCACAUGGGUGUUCUUGGGACCUCCAAGCUCUACAAAAUCAGGAAGAACAUCUUUACCUUUACCCCACAGUUCAUAGACCAGCAGCAGUUUUACCUGGCUCUUGACAACAAGAUGAUUGUGGAGAUGCUGAGGACGGACCUCUCUUACCUCUGCAGCCGCUGGAGGAUGACUGGGCGUCCGACUGUCACCUUUCCCAUCUCCCGCACUAUGCUCGAUGAAACUGGCAGCAGUGUGCACCCCACAGUACUGGCAACACUGCGGAAGCUGCAGGAUGGGUAUUUCGGUGGUGCAAGGACCCAGACGGGUAAGUUGUCGGAGUUCCUGACAACAUCAUGCCGAACGCACCUCAGCUUUAUGGACCCUGGGCCAGAGGGUAAGGUCUUUGCCAAGAGUUACAAGCUCAGCAUUGACAGCUUUGAGGAGCUAGACACCGAGAAGUGGCUGCAUGGCUUGCAGGUAGCCGAGGAUGCGGACAUGUAUGAUGAGGUUGCUCAGUACUUGGACCACCUGCUGCAGCACACGGCUCCUCAGUCAAACCUCCCUCCCACUGCCCAGCGGGGAGGGCUGACCCGCUUCCGGGCUGCUGUCCAUACCACCCGUGACCUCAUGUCCCUAGCGUCCAAGGCCAAGGACCUUCAUGUCCAGAAUGUUGGGAUGUAUGUCCCCAGCAAGAUCUUCCAGGCGUCCCAGCAGUCGGUCAAGCUGCUGAGCUCAUCCCACCAGCAUGACACGGAUGGCAAGAGCCACGCAGUCUAUGCAGAGAUGAACCUGCCCCGUGAUGAGGAUGGCAAUGUGAACUGCAAGGCAUUGGUGGACCAGCUGCGUGUCUGCCCUACACCGCAGGAGCAAGCGGACAUCCUCUACCUGCUCCUUAUUCUCAAGGGGCCUGAGUGGCACACCGGGCUUGAUAGCCAGCCUGGCCCCACCGUCAAGGAGCUCCUCACUGAGUUGUAUGUGCGCGUGGGGGACACACGCCAGUGGGCCCUGAUCCGCUACAUCUCUGGCAUACUCAAGAAGAAGGUGGAAGCUCUGGACGAGGCCUGCACUGACCUCUUGUCUCACCAGAAGCAAUUGACGGUGGGGCUGCCCCCAGAGCCACGUGAGAAGACGAUCUCUGCCCCAAUCCCCUAUGAGGAGCUUGUUCGCCUUAUUGAUGAAGCCAGUGAGAAGAACCUCAGCGUGUCCAUCCUCACGCAGGAGAUCAUGGUGUACUUGGCCAUGUACAUGCGCACACAGCCCACACUGUUUGCUGAGAUGUUCCGUAUCCGCAUCGGGCUCAUCAUCCAGGUGAUGGCAACAGAGCUGGCGCACUCUCUGCGCUGCUCAGCUGGAGAAGCCACUGAGAACCUGAUGAAUCUCAGCCCAUCAGACAUGAAGAGCCUUCUCUACCACAUUCUGUCUGGCAAGGAGUUUGCGGUGGAAAGGAGCGUGCGAUCGGCCGACUUGUCAUUCACCACUGCUAUCUCCAUCUGUGAAGUGGGGGCUGUUGGGGCCACCAAGCCUGAGCGUGCUGGCAUUGUCAGGCUGAAAAGUGAAAUCAAACAGCUCACCUGUCAAAACUACCCCUCAGUCUCCAGCAAACUGCAGCCCCUGGGAUUACUGCCCCAUGACCUGAGCUUGGUUUGUGCUGCUGCUGCUGCUCUGCUUGCCGUGAUGGUUGCCUUGCUCUGGUACGGUAUGGUUUUUGUCUCUCCCUUUCUCUUUCAGCCCCUAAGUUUGCAGUCUGGGGACACUGACCUGAAGUCCUCUCUGUCUGAUGGGCCCUCAGAGCUGCUGGGCAAGGGCUCCUUUUCAAGCAUGCUGGAAGACCAGGGCAGCAAGGACAGCCGCCAGGGCCAGUGGCAGCGGAGACGGCGGCUGGAUGGGGCCCUCAACCGUGUCCCUGUGGGCUUCUACCAGAAUGUCUGGAAGGUCCUACAGAAGUGCCAUGGCCUCUCCGUAGAGGGCUUCAUUCUUCCCUCUUCAACAACGAGAGAGAUGACCCCAGGGGAAAUGAAGUUUGCUGUGCAUGUUGAGUCUGUUCUCAACCGUGUGCCCCAGCCAGAGUACAGGCAGCUGCUGGUGGAGGCUAUCUUAGUUCUCACCAUGCUGGUGGACAUGGAGGUGCACACCAUUGGCGGUAUCAUAGCUGUGGAAAAGAUCUUGCACACAGCCAACGACCUCUUCUAUGAGGAGCAGAAAGCCCUGGGUGCUGAUGACCACAUGCUGGAGAGGGAUCCCACGACGGGCAUCUGCAGCCUGCUGUACGACAGUGCACCGAGUGGUCGGUUUGGCACCAUGACCUACCUGUCCAAGUCGGUGGCCAUGUACGUGUAUGACUUCCUGCCCACCGAUGGCUGCUCCAUGCAGUAGCUCUCACACCUCCUUUCCCCAGGCUGCAGAUGCCACAGGAUAGUUGUUUCACACACCUUUUAAAGAUGAGCAUUAGGCUAGUUUGCAGGCAGCCUGUGUGGCCAUCUUUCCUCCCAGUCCUGGCCUCUGGUGGGUGAAUGGCUCUCUCCAGGAGUUCCACGGGAGGCAUGCAUGCAAAGCUGACCUAUGCCUGUGUGCAGACUGUGGAGCAAGGGCUGGCAAGGAAAGGCUGAGCUUUGAAGCCUGCUUGCGUUCUAAGUGUCUGCCUGCAUGGUUUCUCCUGGGCCAUCAGCUCCAGAGGGGCCUGUGUUUGAGGGAGAUGGAAAGGGCCCCCCUCACCAGGCUUGUGUGCUCAGCACUGCAGUGCUCCCCGGCCAGCUCACAGUCUCCCCGGCUCCAGCAGAUUUGAGGUUUUUAACCUGUUCUGUGCUGCUUUUUAUUCCAAAUCUGCAGGGUUAAUACUAGGGUAGACUGGAGCUCUUGCUCUUCCUGCUGGUGAUGGAAAGGCUUUAUUAGAGGAAAAGGGGUUGCUGCCUGAGCCUUUCUCUCAGCAGACCCAAAAUCAAAACAGUUCAACCCAGCCACUGCUGUGCUGAUUGGAAGCUGGCAGCCCAUCAUGCUCCCCCUCAGGGGUCCUGCGUGCAGAGCUGGGAAGGCUGUGGGAGCCAGGAACAUCCCAAGGUGGUAACAGAUCCCUGUUACUACUAAGCUACAAGGACAGGGCUUCUGGCUGGGUGGGGUAUGCCGAUGGCAGCACCUCCAUGCCAUCUGCUCUGUGCCUGGCAGUGUUGCUGAUGGCUAAGUUGCAGGUUUCUGAGUUUGUAUGUGCCCUGUGAAGCACCAUUUAGCUGGCGGCUGGCUCAGCAUUAGCUGUCCCAUCACAGAUGUGCUGUUAAUGCUCAGCUCUGGCCUCUGCCCCAGCUUCCACAGCCUUGCACAAGAGAAGGGUGGUGACUUUAGAAGUGAGUCCCAGCUCCACUCUUAUCCUGCAGGUCAAACCCCACAUAGGAUAGUGUGGUUGGACUGGUGGGGAUCAGGUGUACACAGCACAAAGUGAUGGUGGGAGUAGGGUUAUACAGUCAUGGAAUAGUUUGGGUUGGAAGGGACUUUUCAAGGUCAUCUAGUCUACCCCCCUGCAGUGAGCAUGGUCAUCUUCAACUAGAUCAGGUUGUUCAGAGCCCCGUCCAACCUGACCUUGAAUGUUUCCAGGGAUGGGGCAUCUGUAAACACUGGGCAAUUUGUGCCAGUGUUUUACCACCGUUAUUGUAAAAAAAAUUCUUCCUUGUAUCUAGUGUGAAUCUUUUAGUUUAAAGCCAUUACCCCUUGUCCUAUCACAACAGGUCCUAAAAUGUUUGUCCCCUUUCUAUCUUAUAUCUUUCCUAUAAGCCCUCUUUAAGUACUGAAAGGCUGCCAUAAGGUCUCCCUGGAGCCUUCCCCAGACUGAAACCCCCCACCUCUCUCAGCCUUUCCUCGCAGGAGAGGUGUUCCAUCCCUCUUACUAUUUUUUGUGGUCUCCUCUGGACAUGCUUCAACAGGCCAAUGUCUUUCUUGUGCUGAGGAACCCAGAGCUGGAUGCAGUAUUCCAGGUGGGGUCUCAUGAGAGUGGAGUAGAGGGGCAGAAUCCUCUCCCUCAACCUGCUGGCCACACUUUGCAGCCCAGGACAUGGUUGACUUUCUAGACUGCAAGUACACAUUGCCGGCUCAUGUCCAGCUUUUCAUCCGCUAGUAUCCCCAAGUUCUCCUCUGCAGGGCUGCUCUCAAUCCCUUCAUCCCCCAGCCUGUCUUGAUACCAAGGUUUGCCCCGACCCCUAUGCAGGGCCUUGCACUUGGCCUUCUUAAACCUACUGAGGUUCACAUGGGCCUACUUCUUGAGAUUGUGCUGGUCCCUCUGGAUGGCAGCCCCUCCCUCAAGCAUGUCCAACUGCUUCACUCAGCUUGGUGUCAUCUGCAGACUUGCUGAGGGUGUGCUUGAUCAUGGUAUCUGUGGCAUUGGUGAAGAUAUUAAACAUACUGGUCUCAGUACGGAUCCCCAAGGGGCACCGCUUGUCACCAGUCUCCACCUGGAUAUUCAGCUGUUGACUGCUACCCUCUGAAUGUGACCACCCAGCCAAAAUCCCUCAUCCACUGAACAGUCCAUCCAUCAAAUCCAUCUCCAAUUUAGAGAGAAGUGCAUUGUGGGGUACUGUCUCAAAGGCCUUACAGAAGUCUAGACAGGUGACAUCAGUAGCUCUUCCCUUGUCCACUGAUGUAGUCACUCUAUCAUAGAAGGCCAGUAGGUUGGUCAGGCAGGACUUGUCCUUGGCGAAGCCGUGCUGGCUGUCCUGAAUCGCCUCCCUGUCCUCCAUGUGCCUUAGCAUAGCUUCUAGGAGGAUCUGUUCCAUGAUCUUCCCUGGCACAGAGGUGAGGCUGAUGGGCCAGUAGUUUCCACCUUCUUCUUUCUACCCUUUUUAAAAAUGGGUGCAAUGUUCCCCUUUUUAGUAUCUCCAGGGUCUUCACCUGACUGCUGUUACUUUUCAGAUACCAUGAAGAGUGGCUUGGCAACUACAUUGGCCAGUUCCCUCAGGACUCUGGAAUGCACGUCAUCAGGUCCCAUAGACUUGGCUAUAUUCAGGUUCCUCAGCUGGUCACAAAUCUGAUCUCUUAGAGUGGGAGGGACUUUGCUCCCCCAGUCCCUGUCCUGCAGUCUGUUUACUUAAAAGGUGUGGGAAGGGAGGCCACCAGUGAAGACUGAGGCAAAAAUAUUGUUAAGCACCUGUCUUUUCAUCCACUGUUACCAGUUUGCCAGUCAUGUUCAUCAUGGGGGAAUGCUUUCUUCAACCUUUCUUUUCUGGAUGACAUACCUGUAGAAGCCUUUCUUAGUUUUCCCAUCCCUUGUCAAGGUCAACUCCAGCUACACUUUGGCCUUCUGACCUCAUCCCUACACAACCAGCCAGUGUCCCUAUGUUCUUCCCAGGAUACCUGACACUUUGGCCUUCUGACCUCAUCCCUACACAACCAGCCAGUGUCCCUAUGUUCUUCCCAGGAUACCUGUCCUUGCUUCCACUGCCUGCGCAUUUCCUUCUUGCCCUUCAGUUUGACCAGCAGGUCUUGACUCAUCCAUGCCAGUCUCUUGCCUUCUCUUCCUGAUUUCUUAUACCCAGGGACUGAGAGCUCUUGCACUCUGUGGAAAACGUCCUUAAAGAUCUGCCAGCUCUGUCCUGAUCCCUUGUACCUGAGGGCAGUUUCCCAGGGGGUCCUAUCGACCAACUCCCUGAACAGCUGGAAGUUUGCUUUCCUAAAAUUCGGGGCCCUGACUUUACUCUUUGCCUGACCCAUAUCCCUCAAGACUGUGAAGACUCCACCAGUGCACGAUCAUUGCAGCCCAGGCUGCCUCCAGUCUCGACGCAGUCACUGAUGAGAUCACUUGCGCUGGUGACCAUCAGAUCCACUGUUGCAUCCCCUCUGGCAGGGCUGUCUAUUACCUGCUUUAAGAAGUCGUCCUCAAUGUAUUCCAGGAGUCUCCUGGAUUGCUGUGGUGGGUUGACCCUGGCUGGAUGCCAGGUGCCCACCAAAGCCACUCUAUCACUCACCCUCCUCACCUGGGCAGGGGAGAGAAAAUAUAACAAAAGGCUUGUGGGUCGAGAUAAGGACAAGGGAGGUGGCUCACCAGUUACCAUUACAGGCAGAAAGACUUUACUUGGGGAAAAUGUACUACAAAUCAAAUAUGGAGUAGGGUAAUGAGAAAUAAAACAAAAUCUGAAGAA